GGUUUAAUCACAUCUGAUCUUGCUGCUGGUGUUUUCAACUUUAUAUCUAAGAAGGCAGGGUUCCAGAACUGAAAACAUUCCAAAACAACAAUUCUAAAUCUAAACUCCAAAAUGUUGUAUGUCAGACUACUGGCCGCUGUCCUCAUAAUGAUCAACACAUGGCUGCUAAACUCUGCUCAAUUAGAUCAUAUCCGAAGAUACAAACGCACAAUGGCUCAGAGAGCUGAUAGUGAACUGGCUCACUUAGCAAGUGAACAGUGCAGGUCCACCAGACAACCGAGACAAGCAGCAUACUCAUCAUCAGUUCCACAUCUCCCUCCAGUGGCUCACCCAAGGAGAUACACCACAAGGCAAAGUGUUCUCUAUCAUAUAACUCCUCUUGAGGAGUCCUCUUGUUCAGGUGGGUGCAAUUCUGAUGCUAAUUCUAACCCGGGACUGGAUAGUGCCUCUCAUUGGGGCAACGGUGAGAAGAAGGUUAGUCGGGGAAACUCAGAGGCAGUGCUACCCAAAGACAAGAAGGAUAGUCAUGUUAAGAUUAUAGGGAUGGUCAGUUCUCCUCGCCCCAACUCCAGCAGAAAGCCUCCCAGUCGGGCUGAAGUGACAGUGGACUCAAACAGUGACAAUGACAAACCAGAGGUUGAUGGUGGGCGCUCUGAGGGCCCACACAAGCAGCUGCUGCUCAAGAAGCAGCAGAGAGUUCUGACUGGAAGGGUCCGCCGUAGCCUGGCAGUCUCACAUGGUGAAGACAGUUGGGCAGCUUUCCCUGAGAACGUAGUAAACUCCCGCGGGAUAUUCUCUACAUUUUGGCAGCACAGUGACUAUUCUGCUGAGAGUGAGGACUACGCUGAGGAGCAGGAGGGACCACCUAGCCCCGGCCGUGCCAGCACGUUGUGGGGUGCCCAGAUUCCAGACAUCCCCCCUAAGUGGAUGUCUGCUUUGUACUUUAAUGGACAGAAGGAACAACUGAGGGUCAAUCCAGCAGCUGGCAUUGAGCUUCCUCGAGCUAAAUUCAGUGUUGAACUGUGGGUUAACCCAGAGGGUGGGCAGACUAACCCAGCCAUCAUAGCAGGGGUUUUUGACAACUGCUCCAACUCCUUAAGUGAGAAAGGAUGGUCCGUAGGUAUUCGCACAGUAAAGCCAGGGGGAAGAAAAGAUGCCAGAUUCUUUUUUACACUCCGUACGGACCGAGCUCCCAAAGCUACCACUAUCUACGGGCAUCAGCGCUACCACCCUAACUCCUGGACUCACCUGAUGGCCAGCUACAAUGGCCACAAGAUGACCCUCUACAUAGAUGGUGCCAAGGUUGGGGAGAGCAGUUUGCAGUCUGGUAACCUCUACAGCCCGUUCAUGGAGACCUGUCGAACACUUCUUCUCGGUGGGGACCAGUCAGACCUUGGGCACAACUUCCGAGGGCACAUCAGAGGCAUUGUGUUAUGGGUGCUCCCUCGCACUCAUGAGGACCUCCUUAAAGGGCCUUCUCGGAUUGAUAAGAGGAAACCAAACCUCGCUCUCUGGGCGGACUUCUCCAAGGUAGAGCAACAGUGGAGUCCUCAUAAGGAGGGCUACCACCCGUCCAUAGUCAUCAUCCCUAUCCCUGAGCAGGAACAUGUGUCUCCCUUCCUGCCCCCUCCCUGUGGAUUAACAGCCUGUGACAACACAGACAUCAUCCUCGGCUACAAUAACCACUGGCAGCUGCGCACAGAGAAAAGGAUCCGCUACCGCAUUGUCAACAUCUGUAACGACGACAGAAGUCAUCCCACUGUCUCCCAGGCCCAGAUCCAGAUGCAGCACCAGGCACUUGUCGAAGCCUUCCGGUCCUACAACAUCAGCUUUGAGCUGAGCACACAUACUGUCCAGAACACAUCUCUACGCCAGCGCUUCAUCCUCAGCAACUGCCGGAUCAGUAAGAUUGGGAACAGGCACUGUGACGCGGAGUGUGACCAUCCACUGACGGGCCACGAUGGUGGGGAUUGUCUGCGUCUGGGGCCCUGCUACAACUGGAAGAGGCGGGAUGGCGUCUGCAACACAGAGUGCAACAGCAUCCACUACGACUACGAUGAUGGAGACUGUUGUGAUCCUGAGGUCACAGAUGUCCUGAAGACAUGCUUCGAUCCAGAGUCCCCAGACAGAGCCUAUAUGAGUGUAAAGGAACUGAAAGAGGUGUUGCACCUGAGCAGCACAGACACCCUCAACGUUUUCUUUGCCAACAACUCAGCCCGUGAAGAGUUAGCAGGGACCGCAACCUGGCCAUGGGCAAAGGAGGCCCUCAACCAUCAGGGUGGAAUGGUGAUGAAUCCAUCCUACUUUGGCACUGUCGGACACAAUAACACAAUGAUCCAUGAGAUGGGCCAUAUCUUUGGACUGUACCAUGUCUUCAAGGGGGUCAGUGAGCGGGAGUCUUGUGAUGACCCCUGUCAGGAGACCACUCCCUCCAUGGAGACAGGAGACCUAUGUGCAGACACGGCCCCUACACCCAAGUCUAAGGCCUGCCACGACCCUGGCCAUGUCAACGACACCUGUGGGAUAACGCUCUACCAGGACACACCAUACAACAACUACAUGAGUUACACAGACGAUAACUGUACCAACCAUUUCACACCAAAUCAAGUGGCUCGGAUGCAUUGUUAUAUGGAUCUAGUCUACGAGAACUGGCUGAAUGACAGAAGGCCCACCCCCAUCCCUCUCAAGCCCAUGGUGAUUCGACAGAGCUCAGUCUCGGUCUCCAUUCAUUGGCUGCCACCUGUAAGAGGGCCACUUCAUCAAAGUUCUCCUACAGUGGAUAGUGUAAACUGCAGGGACUGUGAGGCAGACGGUGUGUUCCAUCAAUAUGCCUAUGAGGCCACCUCGCCCCGGGUCUGUGACUCCUCCGGAUACUGGACACCUGAAGAGGCUAUUGGCCCUCCAGAUGUAUACCAGCCAUGUGAGCCCAGCCUACAGGCCUGGAGUCCAGAACUCAGCCUGUAUGAUGCCAAUGUGACGUCUCCCUGCCCUGAAACCGAGGGCUGCAUCCUGAUGCUGCGCUUCCUCCACCCUGUGGUCCCUAACAGCCUCACUGUGUGGGUCACCUACAUCUCAGCUGAUAACCAGGCGAUCGCCAACAUCGAGCUAAUAACAGACACAGACGAGUCUCUUGACAUGGGUCCACAGCACGUCUUCUGUGAUGUGCCCCUCACUCUACGUGUGCACACCGAAAAAAGGGUGGCAGCUGUCAAACUGAGCACCUUUGAUGAAAAGAUGGAGAUUGAUGCUAUCCUGCUCACUUCUGGGCCCCAUAAUCCUCUCUGCUCCAGUUGCCAGCCUCUGAUCUACCGAGUUGUCAGGCAACCUGCGUUUUCAGGCGAUCUGGUCCAGCAAACUCUGCUUACAUUUACAGACAGUGACGUUGUAAAGGAUGAGGAGUACCAGUACAGAGUUCAGGUGGAAGCAGACGGUCUCCUCAGUGAGCUCUCCCCACCUCUCCUCUAUACCCAUGGAGCUGCCUACUGCGGAGACGGACUACUCCAGAGGACAGAGGACUGUGAUGAUGGCAAUCUGUUGGAUGGUGAUGGCUGCUCUAAGAAGUGCCACAUGGAGUCAGGCUUCAACUGCAAUGGUGAACCCAGCCUGUGCUACGUGUUUGAGGGUGAUGGUGUGUGUGAGGUGUUUGAGAGGGGCUCCAGCGUACAGGACUGUGGUUACUUCACCCCUCAUGGUUACAGUGACCAGUGGGCUUCAACCGCAGCAGCCUCCUAUCAGGAUCAAAUCAAUUGCCCUGCCCUGGGAGCCACCGGAGAGCCCUCACUUAGCAAGCUAUGCAAGCCCCAGUACCUGGAGAUGAAUGAGAAGCCAUCACAUGACAUAUGGUUUCCAUGCACGGCCCAGCCGUACACUCAGACCCACUCUGACGCGGAAGAUACAGUAUGGCUAAAGGUGGGAUUUGCGCAACCUGGAGUCGCCACGUCUGUCAUCAUCUAUCUGGCCUCGGACGGAGCCUGGCCUGGAGAGCAGUGCAGGAAAACAGUCUUCAUCCAACUGUGUGAUACUGGUGGCAGAAACCACUCCUUGGGUUCCUUUGAGCUGUCGUGCCAGCAUAAUCCCCUGGUGGUGAACGUGACACACAACCUGAGUCAACCCUUCUUCCUGACCACCGCUGUCAUCCUCAACUUCUCCUCGCCCUUCGUUGCCGUGACGGGAGUCGCUCUGCGCACGUCGUGUCACUUCAGCGCCCUUGCCCUCACUGGCUGUUCACGACGGCCCUGCCAGAUGGACACAUGCAGUCCUCCUCAGCUGGAACAUGCCUCUGUCACCUGCAACCCCGGGACAGAGAGGACUGAGACCUCUCACUGCACUGUCCACUGUCAUCAAGGUUUUACUCUCACUGUGCUCAGUGGCAAGGGCCACCCACCCUUUCAGAGAGAAACAGAGCUUCAGUGUGUACAUGGAGCAUGGGACCAUGUUGUGAGCUGUCAGCCAAUCGACUGUGGCCCCCCUCACCAGUCUCACGUCUACUUUGCUGUCUUCAGCUGCCCCUGGGGCACAACAUUUGGCAAGCAGUGCUCUUUCACCUGCAACCCCCCUGCCAUACUCCAGGGGGACAGUGAAUGGUUGGUGUGUCUAGAUGAUGGACUAUGGUCCUUCCCUGAAGCCUACUGUAAGAUAGAGUGCCCAGAGCCUCCGACAGUACCCAAUGCCAAGCUCCUAGUGCCCCAGUGCGAUGGUACAGGGCAUGAUGUGGGUACCGUAUGCCUUUACAAAUGUAACCCAGGUUGCUAUGUUACUGGCAGCCUAAAAACAAAGUCCAGAAAGAGGUUUCUGAAGGUGGAGUGUGUAGAGGGGGGCCAGUGGGAGGAGGGUGGCUGUGAACCCGUUCCCUGUCCAUCUCUGCCUGCUGUUUAUGAGGGCAUGUUCACCUGCACCAACGGCAGGCACUACAACAGCAUCUGUACCCUCCAGUGUCCUCACGCCUCGGAAAACCACACAAUUCGCUGCACUAAAGAUGGCGAGUGGACAGAGGAGUUCACAAUGUGUACAAGGUUAAAUGAAGCCUGCCCACCUCCGCCUGAUGUCAAUCAGGUUCAGUAUGCCUGUGACGAGGGCUUCAGUGUUGGUGCAGUUUGCUACCCAACAUGCAGUGUGGCCUUGCAUGACCCAGUGGUUCUAGCCAAUGGCACCACAGCAGACAGCAUCAAGCACUGGAUGCUGCCAGGCGGGGUUCAGGACAUUGUUUGCACAGGAAUGACGAGGUGGCAUCCUGACCCCAAACUCAUCCACUGUAUCCAGUCAUGUGAGCCCUUUGGGGGAGAUGGUUGGUGUGACACCAUCAACAACAGGGCCUACUGCGAGUAUGAUGGAGGGGACUGCUGUCCAUCCACCCUCUCAACCAGAAAGGUCAUUCAGUUUGGGGCCGACUGUGAUCAGGAUGAAUGCACUUGCCGUGAUCCAAAUGCCGAGGAGAACAAGAGCAAAGCCAAAUAUUUGGAAGCAGGACUGUUAUGAACGAUGGAACGGGAUAGGCCAAGGGUGACUCACAAUGAAACAACAAGAUUAACUUCACCCCUGGACAUGAUGUAUUUCCAUUUUGUUUUCCUAUUAGGGAGCAAUGAAGGUUAUCUCUUCUUAACCAAAAAGAAAAACAGUAUUUCAAGAUUGUAGCUUUUAGGAUUUCAACACAAUAACUAAUCUGUAAAGAUGACUAAUUUGUAUAGAAUAAUAUAUUUGGGCAAUCUCUAAUGUCAUAUGUAGAUGUAGUUACGGAGGUCUACAGUAUUUCAACAUCAUAUCACAUAAUACACAUUUAUGCAUAUCAUAGGUACCUAACUUAACACUUUACGCUUAGAGAGUUGUUAGAUGUAGCAGUUUUCUCAAGAAAUAUUAAAAACAAAUAUUGUACCUAAGUGUAAUCUUGUUCUGUGUGAUAUUAUACUGUAUUUUACACUUGAUAUUGAAUAAACUGUAACUUUGUCAGAUGCUGAUUUUAUCUAACUUGUUUGUUUUUGGGUCUCCACACUCUUCUGAACAUAAGGGGAACACAUACAGUACUAUAUGUUUCUUGUGCCCCUAAGGAUAUCCACUGAACAAAAAUAUAAAUGCAACA